CCCAGGCUGAACUUACUGACUGAUUUAAUUUAACUGAAGUAUUUUGAGUACAUGCUUAAGUAUAAAUAGAUUGCAUCUAUUUAUGAGAGCUAUUUUUGUCCGAACGCGCAGAUCAGUUGAACUUUUCCCAGCAGUUUAGUUAUUCCACCGGCCAUAUUGCAAUAUUCGUUAUUUUUUUAGUAAAAAAUGAAAUAAGUUUUAUCUUAAUGGGUUUACUUACUAAAUAAACCUUUUGACUAGUCAGCCAUGUCUUUGAAAGUUGCCUGUAGGGCUGGUGAUAGUGAUAAACAUGACUUCGAUAUAACGUUUUUGUUGUUUCAUGACGGUAAAUUAUAUAGUGCCGCUGAUGAUGGAAAAAUUAAAUUAUGGUCCCAAGAUCUGAUUAAGAAAGCGGAAGUAAACGCGCAUCCAUGUUCAGUUUUCUGUCUUGCAGCAAGUGAAGAUACACUUUUCUCAUGUUCAAAUGAUGGCACGAUCAAAUUAUGGGAACUGGAUACAUUAAAAGAAAAAGAAACUCUUGUGAAAAGUUCUGAGGUGGAAUUUUGGAGAGUAGCAUUUUCUGAAAACUGUUUAUUUUCUGGCGAUGACCAAGGAAAUAUCAGCAUAUAUAAAGAUAAAAAGCUUUAUGGACAAGUGAAUAUUGCUGAACCUAUCAAAGACAUGGCUGUUUAUAAAAAUUUAGUUUUUACAGUGAAAGAUUUGGAUUUAGUCAUUACGGAAAUUAAAUUAGAAGGGGAAAAGAUUCGGUAUGGAACAAAAACUUCAUUUAUGGGUCGAGCUCCAGUAGCCAUAAUCGGUGAUCAUUUAUUUGCUUUUAUCACCAGAGAAGGAAAGGAAAUACAACUACACGAGAAUAGCAUAAAAUCCGCCUUUAAACCAGUUGCAAGAGUUACGGAUGGUUCAGAGAUGAUUAUAAAUGCUCUAUCUGGAGUAGUUUGGGAGAAAGAACAAUUCUUUAGUGGUGGAUGGGACAAACUGCUAAAACAGUGGACAAUCAGCAACAACUAUCCAACUAACGUAGCAAGUGUGAAUGUGGAUGUUGUUAUUAACGCAAUUGUGUGUGGGGAGAGGAACCAGAUUUAUGUUGGAGGAGCUGAUGGGCAUGUUCUUCGAGUUGACGUGGUAUGAAAUAUUUCUGAUUUGAGACAACUAUUGUUGUCUGACAAUAGUUGUCUAACAAUAGAAAAGUAUUUAAUAUUAUAAGAUAUAAAUAAUAUUAAUAGAAAGUUAUUUAAAUUA